UUUGGUCUUAAGUUGUGACUUCCUCUUUCAAACAUAUACAUGAAGUGUGAAUUCGACUGAACCAACAACUCAUUUAGGGCUGGACAGAAAGUACCAACACAGGAAGUGAUGUGGUUUUUAAAAAAAAUAUUCUAAUAGAGAAAUGUUGUUUCCUCAUAAGAAGCUACCAGUAAGGACAGAUAUUCUGUGAAGACAACACUUGACAAUCCUCACAAUCCGAGAGCUACGAUUCUAGAUCAUGAUUUAAACAUGACCAACACUUUGCUGUGCUUAUUACUUCCCAGUUUUCUCCUCUGCUGUGGAAAUCUUACAGCAGCACUAAAGCCAGUCCUGAUUGUGUUUCCAUCUUGGCCGAGUCCUGGAGCCUCAGUGACUUUGAGCUGUGAGGUUAAACAUUCGUCUGCAAGAUGGAGCUUCUACUGGUAUAAAGUUGUUCCUGAUCUGUCACAGAACUACUACACAUAUGAUUCACUGCCUGGUUACAACUAUUGGACUGAAAAUAACUCCAUCACCAUUCGUGGACAGAAACACACAGCAGGAUUUGCAUGUAGUGCUGGAAGAGGAAACCCAGAGUAUUUCACUGGCUACAGUGAACCAAAGUUUGUCUGGUAUUCAGAUUCUCAUCCAGCAGCGUCUCUCACAGUGAGUCCUGACAGAGAGAAACUUUUCACUGAUGAGAAAAUCGAACUGAACUGCAAAGGAAACUCUGCUGACUGGAGAGUGAGGAGGUUUAUAGAAUCAAUCUAUGAGCCAGAUUUAUCAAACUGCUCCACCUGGCGACCAAUGACUGGAUCCUCAUGUACCUUCAUCAGUCCCCAGUACCACAGAGCAGUUUACUGGUGUGAGUCUGGAUCAGGAGAGUUCAGCAAUGCUGUCAACAUCACUGUAAACCCACCAAACUCCAUCCUGACUGUGUCUCCAUCAUGGUUGAAUCCUGGAGCCUCAGUGACUUUGAGCUGUGAGGUUGAACAUUGGUCUACAGGAUUGAGGUUCUACUGGUAUAAAGUUGUUCCUGAUCCAUCACAGAACAUCUACAGAUAUGAUUCACUGCCUGGUAGCAUCAAUGGAACUGAAAAUAACUCCAUCAUCAUUCAUGGACAGAAACACACAGCAGGAUUUGCAUGUAGAGCUGGAAGAGGAAACCCAGAAUAUUUUACAUGGUAUAGUCAACCAAAGUUCAUCUGGUCUAAAGAUUCUCAUCCAGCAGCGUCUCUCUCAGUGAGUCCUGACAGAGAGCAACACUUCACCUCUGAGUCUGUGACUCUGAACUGUGGAGGAAACUCUACUGAGUGGAGAGUGAUGGAGUUUAGAGAAUCUCGUUAUCUGUUCUACAUCAACAAAUGCUCCUCCUGGGGAUCAAUGACUGGAUCUUCAUGUACCUUCAACAGUAAAUGGUCCCUUAAAUCAGUUCUCUGGUGUGAAUCUGGAUCAGGAGAGUUCAGCAAUCCAGUCAACAUCACUUUUCAAUAUGAAGAUCUUCUCCUGGUGAGCCCCGUCCAUCCUGUGACUGAAGGAGCUUCUGUUACUCUGAGCUGCAUAAUGAAAGGAGAAAACAAACUUUCUAAUGUGAUUUUCUAUCAUAAUGACAAACUGAUCCAACAUGACAGCAGAGGAGAGUUGAAUAUCUCUGCAGUGUCUCAGUCAGAUGAAGGUUUCUACAAGUGUGAACAUUCAGGAAACGUUUCAUCUCAGAGUUGGAUGACAGUUAAAUCUGUUUCAGAACAGAGCAGCUCUUCGUUUCCUGUCAUGUGGGCCGUCGGACCGGUUUGUGGAAUCGUCCUCGUUGUUCUCCUGCUUCUUCUGAUUCGCUUCAUAAGGCUCAAAGGGAACAGAGGUUUUGGCUCCAACCCAAAUCACACAGGCAGCCAAACUGAAACUAAUGAGUACAGCUCUCCUGUACAUGGUACAUCUAACUUGUAUGACUCAGUGAGACCCUCUGAAGAUCCUGCAAAUGAUGCAAGCAACGACCAACACGUCGCCUACUCUCUCCUUGAAUUUAAAAACUCUGGACACAAGAGAGGCCAUCGUGAACCAGAGGAGACCGCCGUUUAUUCUGACGUGAGAACAGGAGCUGCAGGAAGGUCCAGUCCAGCAGCAGCUGAUGCCGCCAUUUAUUCUGAAGUGAAAUCGACCUCUGGAUGCUGAUGGCGCUGAAUGUUGAUGGGAUUUAUUUCAAAAGAUAUUCUUGAUAUUUACUUUACUCUGGGUACAGAUUUUAAAAUAAUGUCAAUUGAGAUAGAAUGUAAAUAUUAAGGUGAGAUAUAUAGUUGAGACAUCAUUCAAGAUUUGGUCAAGUGAGUUAUGUAAUAUUACAGAGUUAAAGCUAUAGGUUGUGAAAAUGACAAAACAAAAACAGUAAAAUGUGAUGGAUGUCCAGAUGGCUGCAAUUACUUGGCAGAAAUAGCUUUUUAUUUUUAUUUUUUUAAUGAAAUGUACAGUUAUGGCUAAAGUUAAGUAAAUCAAACAGAUUUAAAAAUAAACAACAGUGAGAAAUGAAUUUUGUAUUACAACUUGUAGUUUGUAAAAUUUGAUGCAUCUCUGCAUUAUGUUUUCUUUUCCAGUAUUUUAUUAAGUAAAAACAAACUUUCAGUAGAUUUAGAAACAGUAUUUUGCUCAGAUAAAAUACAGUUUUAUCUGAGCAAAAUACUCAGACAAAACAACCAGAAAAAACUCUAAAAUGUUAGCUAGCUUUACAUUUUAAAUGUUUGCUAACAUUUUAAAAGGUUAGCUAACAUUUUAAAAGGUUAGCUAACAUUUUAAAAGGUUAGCCCUAAUUGAGCUCAAUUACAACUAACAAGCUAAAAAGCUAACAUUUUACCUUUAAAAGUGUUAGCUUUUUAAAGCUAAAACAUUAAUUUUAACAUUAGCUUGAGUUCAAAAGCUAAAAUAUUAUGUUUUUAAAGCUAAUGUUUAAAAACAUUAACUAUUUAGAGCUAAUGUUUUUAAAGCAAAAAUAUUCUAAAGCUAAAACAUUAACUUUUAGCUUUAGAAUAUUCAAGCUGUUCACAAAAAGAGUCAGUUGGAGUAUUUGAAGAAACAAUAAAGUCGACUUUGAUCAUUUUAUCAAUGGUGGAAAACAAAACUUUGGUAUUAUUUUUGUGACUGUUAUUUUUGGCAAACUGUGCAUUUCUUGAAAUUCUGACAGCAGAAUUGAAUAUAUUAAUCUGUGUGCACAUUGUGUAGUAGUCGAUUGUCGAUUUGUUCUUCCUCCAUUUUCCUCUCUGCUUUUCUGAAAAUUUCUGCUGAGCUUCUUGAUGUCUUUAGCUUUCCAUGGGCAUAUUCAUUUAUUAAAAGCUUUUUUUGAGAAUA